AGUCAUAUGUUUCUCAUACGAAAGUAGUGUGAGACGUUACUGUCAAAUCCAGUGUCAUUCAGUAUUAUUCAUGGACGGUUAUAUAGUAUCAUCGAAAGAACGGAGCAAGUUAUAAUUUUCUUAAUGAUAUUAAUAUUAUCGUUAAAUCAUUUUUCGAUAUUUACAUUUCCUCAUGACAAUUAGUUUUAUUAGAUUUCAAUGGAUAAAUCGUAAAUCAACAAUUUCUAACCUAAUUCUGAGAAAUUAUUUAUACGUAAAUUUGUACAUUAGAUGAUAAAAAUAUUAAUAUAUAUUUUUAUUAUUGAAUUAAAAUUGAAAAUUAAUAUAGAAACGUUAAAUUGAUAAAUUAUUCAUGUUCAUUUAUUCUUAUUAUUAUUAUAAUAUAACGUGAGAAAUUAGAAAAGAAAAUUAAGGAUUGUCCGAAGGUUUUGCAUUAAGUUACAGCAUAUAUGGUAAGAAUGAACAAAAAACCUAACAGUGCGACAGCUCGCUUAAAGCAGGAUUACUUACGUCUUAAAAAGGAUCCUGUGCCAUAUGUUUUGGCAGAACCGGUACCAUCUAAUAUAUUAGAAUGGCAUUAUGUAGUGAAAGGACCAGAGAAGACACCCUACGAAGGAGGAUUUUAUCACGGAAAACUUAUAUUUCCAGGAGAAUUUCCAUUUCAACCUCCUAGCAUUUAUAUGACAACACCAAAUGGCCGAUUUAAGGUUAAUACAAAACUUUGUUUAUCAAAUACCGAUUUUCAUCCCGAUACAUGGAAUCCAGCUUGGAGUGUAUCAACUAUACUAACAGGAUUACUUAGUUUUAUGAUUGAAAAGAGCCCGACUUUUGGCAGUAUUAAUACGACAGAUUAUGAAAAAAGGGAAUUAGCAAUGCAAAGUUUGGAAUAUAAUCUACGUGACAAAAUGUUUUGCGAAUUAUUUCCAGAGACGGUUGAAAUCAUCAAAGUGGAAUUAGAACGCAGAAAAGAAUUGGAAAAACAGGCAAGGCAUCAGUCUACCGCAUCAGAAGUUUCUUCCUUGAUACGAGAUCAAUUACAUAGAGAACAAAGUCCAUUACAUGGUGCAAUUACUAAUCUCGUUGUUCUGAUUGGUUUUGCAGCAUUUGCUUUUAUAGUAAAAUAUGUAUUGAGGAGCAUUGCCACAGAAUAUAGUAAAAGUGAGUAGAUUGGGGAUUUAAAAGUAUUCAAUAAGAAUAAUAAAAUGGUAGGAAGAUGACUGCAUGCAUCUCACUUAAGGCUUCUCAAGACUUUAAGACAUUUUGUAUGAAUAAUAUUGAAUCUUAGAACAUUAAGAGGAAUCUUAUUUAUAUGAUUUCUUUUUCUUCUUCUUCUUCUUCUUUUUCUUCUUCUUUUUUUCCUCCCUCGCCCUCCCACCACCCUUUAUCACUUUGAUUCGUGUUCGACAAAUAAUUUUGUAAAGCUUGUAAAAAAGUACAAAAUUAAUAUUCUGUCUGUCUAACAUCUUUACAUAUAAUGCCUUUAUAUAAUUUAUUGUUACACGAAGAUACGUUAUUAUUCAUACUAUCAAAUAUAAAUUAUUUUUUUUUUUUUUUUGAAUAUAUAUCAUUUAUAUUUGCGAUGAUUAGAAAAUGUUGAAGCCUUAAGGAAAAAAAUGAAAAAGAAAGGAGAAAACAAAAGAAAAGAUAAAAUGAGAAAAAAGGGGAGGGAAAAAAAAAAGAAGAAAGAAAAGAGAGAAUUUAUCGAAAAUAUAUGCUACAUUGACUUGCCUAUUGAUCUAUGCCGAAUUUUUGUGAAAAUCAUUAUUCACUUUGAUCAAUAUGUUAGUAAUGGACAUUUGAUAGAUUUUUAUAUCAGGGGAUAAUUGUAAGAUGCAAAUUGUACUAUAAUCCCUAAUUUUAAUGACAAUGAUGAUUGCAGUUAGCUACAACAAUAGUCUUUCUACCUAUAACAAUUACCAUUCUUGAUAUAGAUAUGAAGUCAUUUUAAAUAUACAUAUUUAGGAUAUGAAACAUCAUUAAUCAACUAGUGACUUCGUAACUAUUAAUGAAAAUCCAAAUUAUCAUUAUUAUUUAAACUUCCAAAGGUUAGCCAUUGAUGAUCUAGAUUUAAUCGUAAUUUGAAAUAUGAUAUUAAACAAUUUAAAAUCGUUUAAAUCGUAGAGAUUUAUUAUUAGUUAAUUUAAAAAUUAAAAAGAAAAUUGUUUCUUCCUUUUUUUUUUUCUUUUUUUUUUUCCAACAUAUAAUCCAUGCUAUUUUCACCAACAACUUUGCAAAAUAUUUUCCAAAUAAGAAAAUUUCAUUUGUUCCGCUGAUUUGUUUGAUUUCGUUAAAUGCUUAUUUUAAUUAUGAUUAAAUUUAGGCACACAUUUGAAAUUUUAUAUAAUUAAUGAAAUGCACAAAUUUAAAUAAACAACUUAAUCUUUGCCUCUUCGAUGUGCCAAUAUAGAAUGGAUUAUAUAUAUAUAUAUAUAUGCAUACAUACAUAUACAUAUAUAUAUAUAUGCAUACAUG